CACUUCACUUUCGUGCCUCUUUGCCACCCUCUGACCCCCAAAUUCCCUCUAACUUAACUUCCCUGCUUGACUUUAGACCCUGGCACUUUAGCUCUGUAAAUUUCUAUCUGUCGCAGCCUGGGCUUCAGGAAGCCAGGUGUUGCCCUGGGAUCCACCCCUGCUUUCUGAGGCGAUUGCUACCCUUACCAUGGAUUUCUUGAUGAGUGGUCUGGCUGCCUGCGGGGCCUGUGUGUUCACCAAUCCCCUGGAGGUCGUGAAGACCAGAAUGCAAUUGCAGGGAGAACUGCGGGCCCCUGGCACCUACCAGCGCCACUACCGAAACGUCUUCCACGCCUUCGUCACCAUCGGCAGGGUGGAUGGCCUGGCUGCCCUGCAGAAGGGCCUGGCCCCUGCGCUCUUGUACCAGUUCCUGAUGAAUGGCAUCCGACUGGGCACCUACGGGCUGGCGGAAGCUAGGGGAUACCUGCGUACCGACGAAGGCACCCACAGUCCUGUCCGCAGCGCCGCAGCGGGGGCUCUAGCUGGGGUCAUGGGAGCCUAUUUGGGAAGUCCAAUCUACAUGGUGAAGACACACCUACAGGCACAGGCAACCUCUGAAAUUGCUGUAGGGCACCAGUAUAAGCAUCAGGGCAUGUUUCAGGCACUAACCGAGAUUGGCCAGAAACAUGGUCUAGUGGGGUUGUGGCGUGGGGCCGUGGGCGGCCUGCCCAGAGUUGUCAUCGGCUCCUCCACGCAGCUGUGCACCUUCUCAUCCACCAAGGACCUCCUGAGCCAGUGGGAGAUUUUUCCUCCCCAGAGCUGGAAGGUGGCUCUGGCGGCUGCCAUGGUGAGUGGUGUGGCAGUCGUCCUGGCCAUGACACCCUUUGAUGUGGCUAGCACAAGGCUUUAUAACCAACCCACGGACACUCAAGGCAAGGGCCUCAUGUACCGGGGGAUCUUGGACGCUCUGCUGCAGACAGCUCGGACAGAGGGCUUUUUUGGCAUGUACAAGGGUAUAGGUGCCUCCUAUUUUCGCCUCGGGCCCCACACUAUCCUCUCCCUCUUCUUCUGGGAUCAGCUGCGCUUCCUUUACAACACAUACGCUAAAUAACAGUCGCUCGCCCGCACUCCAGACCAGCUAGCUCUCUCUGGGCACCUCUGCCUCUACUACUUCCUAUCUCGGUGACUAUUUACUGACAGAUGGACUUUUCAUCCACUUUAGGGGGACAGCUGUGCCCACUUUUUCUCUGCUCCUUUAGGGUUGAAUCAUUUGAACAGUAAUUUAUAUUCCUUCCCUUGAGUGUUGCUUUAAAUUGCCCCACAAG